GAUAGUCACUCAGUUAGCUGGUAAAGGUUAGCCAGAUUGCUAACUCAAAUCGAGUUAUGCAUCAGCGUUAUCGCAAAUGUUUAAAAAGCGGAAGUGGCUCUAUUUCAUCUUGAAGGGAGUAAUAUCUCAGGUUGCUGUGUGACUCAGUGGGUUUUCACAUGCUUUGACCCUGACUUGCCCUGAAGUACACUUUGAUGCACGUGCACAGACCUCUGCUGACCCACACUCUAAUCUUCAAAUCAAUCCAAAUACUGCAUGCACACCACUUCCAACACACACUGACUGGCAGCAGCAAACGCAGUUGCAGACCUACUCUGCCUCUUACCACAAACUGAGCUACUGGAAACCAUAAUACACAUAUUGCUACCCCUCUCCUCCCACCUCUUCUGCUCCUCCCCUCUGCAUACCUCUGGAGCUGUGCUCUGCUCUUCCUGAAUUUUGAAUUUGUGCAAGCCACAGUGAGGAACACUUCUACUCUCCCGCUGAGUUACUAAGCCGUGCACACUGGUCACUGGUCAAAAGAUGGCCACAGGAUAAAACAUAUUUUUACCACAUCAAUUUUUUGGACACAUUAAUCUCAUUUUAAUGAUGAUUCCUGCCUCCUCCUCAAUCAUUUUCAGUUCUUUGGUUUCAAACGCAGAACAUGCUGACCAGCAGAAAUGCUCGCUGAUUACUCUUUCUGGAUAUCUUGGGCUCCUCUUAAACAGCGAGUGAUCAAGAUGAAAACCAUGGACAUUAGAUGUUCUUUUAGCAUAUUAUAACAUAGUAGAGCGUGCUAACAUAUAAAGGAAAAUAGCAAUAAGUGGUAUACACUAAUAUAUAGCGACCAUCAAGCAAAAUAAAUGGUUCCUCUGAAGUCAAACCAUGCUGAAAAGGGCGAAGAAGCAGAGGAGAGGGAGACUUCUGGCCUUCCGGAGAGGAGAAAACCUAAGGAAGAAGUUGAAGAGAAUGAGAGUGAGAGUGAGAAGGAGGUGGAGGAGGAGGGCAGAGGCAAGCAGAUCCCUCUGCAUCGAUGGGUAAUGCACGGGGCAGUGAUGUUUGGACGUGAGUUCUGCUACGCCAUGGAAACAGCUUUGGUGACGCCAGUGCUGCUGCAGAUAGGCCUUCCUGAGCAAUAUAACAGUUUAACCUGGUUCCUCAGUCCCAUCCUUGGUCUCAUCUUCACCCCUGUGAUCGGCUCAGCCAGUGACCGAUGUACUCUGCGAUGGGGCCGGAGAAGACCAUUCAUCCUGGCCCUGUGUGUUGGUGUGCUGCUGGGAGUGGCACUGUUUUUAAAUGGAUCAUUAAUAGGCCUCUCCAUUGGUGAUAGCCUAGGCAGCCAGCCAAUCGGCAUUGUCCUUACUGUAUUAGGUGUGGUGGUGUUGGACUUCUGUGCUGAUGCCUCUGAGGGACCAAUCAGAGCUUACCUUCUGGAUGUUGCUGACACUGAGGAGCAAGAUAUGGCCCUGAAUAUUCAUGCCUUCUCUGCUGGGCUCGGUGGAGCAGUGGGCUACAUGUUAGGUGGUCUAGACUGGACUGGCACAGCUCUGGGGCAAGCAUUUAAAUCACAGGAACAGGUCCUCUUCCUGUUUGCAGGCAUCAUCUUCAUUAUAUCUGUAACACUGCACAUGUUCAGUAUCCCUGAGCGACCUUUCACUCCAUCCUACCAGCUUAAAGCCAUAGGAAGUGGGGAGUCUACCAGCCAGUUGUAUUUCAAGCCCGUUGGCCACGUGCCACCUUCACUUGAUGUGAUUGCAGAGGAGGAUGCUUCUGCUCAAGCCCCUUUCAGAGAGGAUGACGAAUCAGAUCCUGAGGAAGGGGAGAUUGAUUUUCUUGCGGUGGAGCGAGUGCGGAGUAAGAGUGACUCAGUCUUAGCCAUGCCAGAUGCUACAAUUGAGUUGGAUUCCGACCUCGACCCAGAUGCGCAACUUUUCCUGCCAGAAGUGCAUCACUUUCUACCAGAGACGCAGGGAGAGUUAGAAGAUGCUUUCAAGCCAUCAGAUCACAAUAUUUGCUCCUCAUCUCCACAUGCCCUUACUGAUGUGAUGGUCUUAGAACCUUCUGGCUCAGAGGACUUGCACCGUAGACAGCAGGUCAAGGCUGCCAAUGGUCUCAAUGCCUGUUCGUCCUCUUCUGAUCACUCCAAUGCAAUAAAAAGCCAUGCUUCCACCAAGCCUGGGAACCGCCCCUCCAACUCCUCUGUUUCAUCACAGCCACACAGACACACCUUCUACAGACAACCUUCUUUUACUUUCUCGUACUACGGACGAGUAGGAUCGCAGCGCUAUCGACUGCGACGGGCAACACCAUCGAGCCCUCAGCGAAUCACCACCUCUCGCAGUCUGAAUGAUCUGAGUGACCUCCAGCAGUGCACAGACAGGCGAGAGAUACAUCUGUCAGCUAGCAGUCUGUCAUCUGAGGGCUCAAGCAGUGAGGGAAGAGCAGACAAGGGUACAACUGUUCGACUGCUGUGGUUGUCCAUGUUUAAGAUGCCGAGGCAAUUGUGGAGAUUGUGCAUAUGUCACCUCCUCACGUGGUUCUCCAUUAUAGCUGAAGCUGUGUUUUACACUGAUUUCAUGGGGCAAGUCAUUUUCAAAGGAAAUCCCAAGGCACCAGCCAAUUCCACAAAGCUACAGAAUUAUCACAAAGGAGUACAGAUGGGCUGUUGGGGACUGGUGGUCUACGCUGCUACUGCUGCUGUUUGCUCUGCCAUCCUUCAGAAGUACCUGGAUAAUUUUGAUCUGAGCAUUAAGGUCGUCUACAUCGUUGGAACUCUGGGAUUCUCAAUAGGAACUGCAGUCAUGGCGAUCUUCCCUAAUGUUUAUGUUGCCAUGGUGAUGAUCAGUAGCAUGGGAAUCAUCUCCCUGAGUAUCUCCUAUUGUCCCUAUGCAUUACUCGGGCAGUACCAUGAAAUCAAAGAGUACAUUCACCACAGUCCAGCAAACACUCGGAGAGGUUUUGGUAUUGACUGUGCCAUCUUAUCCUGCCAGGUCUAUAUCAGCCAGAUUUUGGUUGCGUCCACCCUGGGAGCUGUGAUAGAGGCAGUUGGCAGCGUGCGGGUCAUUCCUGUAGUGGCCUGUGGAGGCUCCUUCCUUGGCUUCCUUACUGCCUGUUUCCUCGUCAUUUAUCCUGACAUGGAGCCCAGCAGCUCAGAGCAGGACCAGGGCUUGGUGGAUACGUCUGGAGAUUCAGACCAGAAUAAUGAAAGAACCAGUGACCAGAGACUGGCUCUGCUGAGCAUCACAGACGGAGACAGUUUAAAGAUGACAGAGAAUCACUCUGUUGCAUAAGCAUGAAGACGGAGCAUAGUUAAGGUUUAUCCUCACCAAGUACAAGCCAUAGCAUGCGAGGAUUAUACCAAAUGCGUCUAAUUUACAUAUUUGACAGUCUGUGCUUUUCUAAAGGAGGAAAGAUAUCAAAAGAGGGGAAACAUGACAGAAAGUUGAUGACCCAUUUACAGAAAUAUGGGAAGGAUGGAUUUGGCUAGAUAUCUUCUUGGAGUAGAGGACUGAAUUAGCUCAGUUUUAGGCUGCUCUGCUUGUCCUGUUGCUACCUCAACCCUAAUACAGGGUUUCUGCGGGUCCAUAAAAAGUCUAAAAUCCAAUAAGUCUUAAGUCUUAAAUUUAACUUGUUGAAAUCUGCAGAAACCCUGUAAUAAAUACAUAUAAAUGUUUGGAUGGAUAGAUGUAAGCCAUUAAAACACAGAGCCACGUAACAGUGAUUUGGUCAGACUGUUGAAACCCACUUAGCUCAGACUACUGAGGCAAACACAAGCCUUUAUUGCGAAAACAUAAAUGGGAAGCACACGAGGCACUUUCUAUCUCACUUCUGAACAGCACUGUCACACUGAUGCUCCAGAAUGUUUGACCUUUGACUUCACGGAAGCUGCUCUAUAAUUGCUAUUCGGACAAUUGUGAUGCUGUAAAGGUGUUACUUUGUGUAGCUCUGCAUUACAUGUAGACUGAAUACAGAUGUGUAUAUUAGUUCCAGUCUGUUCUGGGAAUACCUUGAAAUAACAUUGUUAUUUUAUGUCACAAAGUUUCCAAACUACGCGUAUAAUCUUAUACAUUUGUUGUAGACAUACACAAAACAGUUUGUUUAAUUUCAUACACUUUUUUAUUCACAUUUAUGGUGUUGGAACCUGAUAACAUAACAAGCUAGUCUGCAGUUCAAAGUGCUCUUUUAUGAUUUUUUUUAAUGAUCGCCUAUACAGAUGCAGCAAAAUAUUCUGCUAUAUUCUCCUUUCAUGCCAUGAUAGACAGGCAACAUGCUGUCAUAAUGUAGUUAAGAUACUAAGCCUGCACUGUAGUUGAUAGAUGACAGAUUUUUCACUGCCAUUACCGUGAACCUACACUGUAAAUGGUAGGUUCUCAUGGCCUCUCAUAUUUGACCUCAAGGGGUUUUGGGUUUCAGUGUGAUUAUAUUUCAGGGUGUCAUUCAUUUUGCUUGAAUUCAUUUUAAAGAUGUUUCGAAAUAUACAUUCCAAAUAGUUGAAAUGUUGAAAUGGGAAAAUAGUUAAUGAUGAGCUUAUGUUUAUCAUAGCAUAUUUGUCAUAUACAGUCUUUGAAAAAUAAUUGGAUAGAAAUACUUAUUUAGCCUUGUAAAAGGGAUUGGCCUUUCUGUUUGUACUUUGUAUUGGAGGCCUUGCUUUACAUAUUAGGUUACUGUGCCUUUCUGAUCAUAUGACAGCUGUAAAACUCUGCCUUGCUGUACAUAAAGGAUAUAUAACAAGAUAGAUAGCACCCACACUGCCGUGUGUGAGUUAAUCUCAGAAUUACAGACCCUUUCCAAAAAAUUAGAAUAUCAUGGAAAAGUUGUUUAAU